CGCUGGUAAAACGGAAGUGACGCGACGAAGCCGGUGAAAGCGACUCUUUACGUUGGAGAAGUGCACAUUUGUAGAAUUUGUGGCUGUUUUUACCUAACUUUAUUGGAAAAGAAUGGGCGACCCCGUUGGCGAACACACGUCCCGACUUCAGCGACAGGAGAGAGAAAUCAAGUUACUCCAAGACGAAAUCGAGAGGCUUAGAGAUCCACAGCAGCUGAACUUCACUUCUUCACAGCUGGAUGAGUUACGAGAGGAGAAUUCCCGUCUGAAGUACCGCCUCAACAUCCUGAAAGCCAGUUUACAGGAGGAGAUGAGCCAAAACGGCAAGGCGAUGUUGAACAUCAACCAGAGUUUGCAGCAGAUCUUUGGGAAGGCCAUCAGUACCGCCUACCCUGACCUAGAGAACCCGCCACUUUCGGUCUCCCCCAACCAGCAGGCCAAGUUUGGCGAUUAUCAGUGUAACAGUGCCAUGGCGAUGUCUCAGAUGAUGAAAGCUAAAGGACAGAAGGUCAGCCCCAGGGAGAUAGCAGAGAAGAUUAUCCAAAACGUUCCCAACAAUGAGUUCAUUGAGAGAACAGAAAUCGCAGGACCAGGGUUUAUCAACAUUCAUCUCAAGAGAAUGUUUGUCUCUAAACUUCUCUCAAACCUGCUUGUGAAUGGAGUUCAGCCUCCACCACUGGUGAAGAAAAAGAAGGUUAUUGUGGACUUCUCCUCACCUAACAUUGCCAAAGAGAUGCAUGUCGGUCACCUGCGCUCCACCAUUAUUGGAGACAGCAUGUGUCGACUCUUUGAGUUCCUGGGUUAUGAUGUGCUAAGGUUGAACCAUGUUGGAGACUGGGGGACACAGUUCGGGAUGCUCAUUGCUCAUUUGAAAGACAAGUUCCCAAAUUAUCUCAGUGUUUGCCCGCCAAUUUGUGACCUUCAGUCUUUCUACAAAGAGUCUAAGAAGAGGUUUGAUGAGGAUGAAGAGUUUAAGAAGAGGGCCUACCAGUGUGUGGUUAAACUCCAGAGCAAAGAGACAGACUUCAUCAAAGCCUGGAACCUGAUCUGUGACGUGUCCCGGAACGAGUUUCAAAAGAUUUACGACUGCCUGGAAAUUCGCAUACAAGAGAGAGGAGAGUCCUUCUACCAGGACAUGAUGACAGCCGUGGUGAAAGAGUUUGAGGAAAAAGGGCUGGUGGAGUUGGACGAGGGCAGGAAGAUAGUUUUUGCUCCGGGCCAGUCUAUUCCCCUGACGGUUGUCAAAUCGGACGGAGGCUAUACAUACGAUACCUCCGAUCUGGCUGCCAUCAAAAAUCGUCUGUUUGACGAGAAGGCUGACAUCAUCAUCUACGUGACUGACAGCGGCCAGGCAAUGCACUUCCAGGUGGUCUUUGCUGCUGCUCAGUUGAUAGGCUGGUAUGAUCCCAAGGUCACACGGGUAGAACAUGCAGGUUUCGGCGUGGUGCUCGGGGAGGACAAGAAAAAGUUCAAGACUCGUUCAGGGGACACGGUGCGAUUAAUGGACCUUCUGGAGGAGGGACUGAAAAGAUCCAUGGACAAACUGAAGGAGAAAGAGAGAGAUAAGGUGCUGACCCCGGAGGAGCUGGUAAAGGCUCAGCGUGCCGUGGCCUUUGGCUGCAUUAAAUAUGCAGACCUUUCGCACAACCGCAUCAAUGACUACGUCUUUUCCUUCGACAAGAUGCUGGAUGACAGGGGCAACACCGCAGCCUACCUCCUCUACGCCUUCACACGCAUCAGGUCUAUCGCUAGACUGGCUAACAUCCAGGAGGCCGUCCUGCGCAAAGCAGCCGAGACCACAGAGGUCUUACUGGACCAUGAGAAAGAGUGGAAACUGGGUAAGUGCAUCCUGCGCUUCCCCGAGAUUCUGCAGAAGAUCACAGACGACCUGCUGCUUCACACACUGUGCGACUACCUCUACGAGCUGGCCACCACCUUCACAGAGUUCUACGACAGCUGCUACUGCGUGGAGAAGGACCGGCAGACAGGGGAAGUGGUCAAAGUCAACAUGUGGCGGAUGCUCCUCUGUGAAGCCACCGCAGCUGUGAUGGCCAAAGGCUUUGACAUUCUGGGUAUCAAUCCAGUUCAGAGGAUGUGAAUUGAUCAAUGCCUUCCUCCUCUGAACACAAGACCUUUUUCUCAAAAACAUAGAUGUCCCGACGGAUUCUUAUGGUAUGCCAAAUAAAAGUCAUUCGCCUGUCCAUAAAAAAAUAC